AUGUGCCUGCACUGCCAGGAACAGCAACUGCAGCAGCAACAAGAACAGCAGCAGCAGCAGAAGCCGCAGCAGAAAAAGGACAACCAGCGCCAGCAGCAGCAGAAGCAUCAGGAGAAGCAGCAGCAGCAGCAGCAGCAGCAGCAGAAGCCACUAACUGCGUAUAAUACUGCUGCGGAGGCAUGCCCACAGCAGCAGCAGCAGCAGCAGCACAAGCUGUUGCUGCAGCUACAAGGCAUCUACUGCCCCGAAGACGUCCGCAGCGGGGGCGCCAGUCCAGGGCGACAAGCAGCAACAGCAGCAGCAGCAGCAGCAACACCAGCAACAGCAACCGGCCCAGGGCCGCCCGUGGAUGUGCUUGACCGGCAACUGCAGCAAAAACAGCAGCAGCAGCAGCAGCAGCAGCAGCAAGACCCUGUGGCACGAGCAAUAAUAGAGCAGGAGUCAGAGCGCCUUGUCCAGCAACAGCAGCAGCAGGACUGCAGCAGCCGCCAUUGCAUCAGUGGUAGCGCGGAUGCGCCUUGUGCUGCUGCUGCAGCUGCUGCUGGUGCCGCUGCUGCUGCUGCUGCGUGGCAGGGCCAAAGGCGGGAAGAGGGUCGAGUCCCUAGUGCAGAGGCUGCUAGACUGCACUCAAGAACCGCAACAGCAACAGCAGCAGCAGCAGCAGCAACAGCGCCCAUGCGCUGCAGAAGAGAUGGCAGCAACAGCAGCUGCAGCAGCAGCAGUCACUCCAGGUGCAGCCGCACCAUAGCCGCCUCCCAGCAGCAGCAGCAGCAGCAGCAGGAGCGUUCUGCUGCUGCUACUUCCACCGUGGGGCCCCCCCAACGACUGCCCUUUGGGGGCCCCCUUGGUGCCCUUUUCCAAGACCCUCUUUCGGGGGCCCCCUUACCCAGCAGUACCCAAACUCUAGAUUUGGGGGGCCCCCCUGUACCCUCUGCUCCCUGGGGGGCCCCCCUAGGAGGAGUACCCUCCCGGGGGCCCCUGGGGGCCCCCCUAGGGGACGAAGUACCCUUCCGGGGGCCCCUGGGGGGCCCCCUAGGGGAC